CCCGCACCCCGAAGCUCCACCUGAAGAGCAUCAGCAAGUCCCACGCUGAGCUCUGCUGGGACUCGAUUCCCGUUGAGAUGCAGAAUGGCUUUAUCACCAACUACACCAUCUUCUGGGCCAACAGCACCGCAGAUGUCUCUAGUGCCGUUGUGAAUUCCUCUCUCAGCUCCUUCGUCAUCUGGGACCUGAAGCCUUCGACCCUGUACAAGGUGCACAUCAUGGCUUCCACGGCCGCGGGCAGCACCAACGGCACCAGCCUGACCCUGGUGACCACGGUGCUAGAUGACAUUGAAAUCCAGUUCCUCUUCUUGACCCUUGGGCUGAUCUUUGUCCUGCUCAUACUUUUGAUGAUCUGCUUCCAGAAGAACGGGAGGGUGAAGAAGCAGUUCUGGCCCAGCGUCCCCGACCCUGCCAACAGCAGCCUCGGCAAAUGGGUGCCAGCAGAGCUACAGCAGGAGCCUCUGCAGGUCCCUGGCGUGAGGGAACCCGGCCUGGCGCCCAUUUCUACCAUCACAGUGCUGGAAAGGGUAGCAGGGAAACAGCUGUGGGGCAAGGAUCCCGUGGCAGAAACCACCAGUGGCUUCCCAGACAUGCCCAAGUCCUACGUCCAGCAGGAUGGACCUGGCACACCCUGCAGCAGCAGAGACGUGUCAGAAAGGAGUGAGGGGCGCUACAGAAAUGGAGGCGAGACAGUCCAGUAUGCGCAGGUGGUCGGGGACGGUUACAAGGGCCAGCAGCACAUCCCAUCUCGCCUCUACCUCCGGUCCAGCUCCACCCAGCCUCUGCUUUUUGAUGGCACCCCCAGCCCCAAGCCCUACGAGAACCUCUGGUUCCACGGGGUCGCCCCAGAGAGGCUGUACGGCCAGGGCAGCAAGGAGGACAAGGGCUUCCUCGAGGAGCCGCUCAUCAACUUCCCCCUGCUACAGGGCCUGAAGAUCAGUGGGGCUGAGGAGCUCUAUGACUUCCAGAGAUUUUAGCUCUGGGCAGAGGCCAAGCAACGACAAGCACUAAUGACUGCACCCACUGGCCCAGAGCCCUGGACCUUCCCAGAAGGGACUUUCCCUGCAGGACCUGAAGGACCUGCCUUGCAGGCAGCCUGAGCCGUGCCCCAGGCUCAGGGCAGCCCCAGCAUGGAGCUGAGCAUCCUCCGCCCCGUGCCCUGCAAUGUGACACGGAGCAGAGCGUUCCCAGCCCCGCAGAGAGCCAGGCCUGGGUACGUCCUACUUGGCCUCCUGCUCAUCUUCCCAGCUCCCAUGAGCAGAUCAGCACCAGGCUCCAAAGGCCUUGCUGCGGGUGCGAAGGGACCAGCCUCGCCGUGUCCUUUCUGCUGCAGCUGUCCCAGCGCUACGCUGCGGGGAAGAGCCCUGCAGCGUCUUAGCUAAGACUGCAAAGCUCCCUACCUCUUACAACGUUACCUGAACAGUCAUUUAAGCUCCCCAUCCAGCUGCCUGGCCCUGGGGCCGGCCAGACCAGCCCCUGCACCACUGCACCACCAGGCAGCUAAGGGAUUUCACUGCACUUUGGGAACCCCCAGGUCACUCCAUGCUGUUUAUUUGCUUUUUCAUAUGCUCACACAAUAAAAGAGGGGGGGGGAUAUUCUC